AUGACAGCUCAUCAACAAUGCUCUACAGGGCUUUAUGGAAGAGAUGGUUUAAUUGAUACGAUUAAUAGUAUAAGAGCUGAUUCACCUUGUAACUUUAGUUUGAGCGAAUCUACUUAUCAUGAAAGUCUUGCUUGUUUGUCAUUAGAUAGUGGUGUUUCUGCUUUUUAUAAUUUAAUGACAGGGUUAAUUAUACAGGCUUCUUCAACAACAUUUUUCACCGACUCUGAUUUCAUACAAACAUUCCAUUAUAUUAAUUCCCAUUUGUAUUACCAGAUGGAAGAAAGAGUUGAUGAUCUUUUGGAACAAGGUAAAAAAGAAGGUGAUGUUUCUGAUACUUUUGUAUCGGCUUUGGCGGUUAUUUGUAUUUUUAUCACUUUAGUUGAAUUUUUGAUAUCUGCUUAUAGGAAUGUCUUCUUGUUUAGAACGUAUAGAACAUUGAUCAAUUUCAUUCUUAGAGCAAAUCCUACUGAUGCCGUCGCAAAUGAUGAUUUAAUGAUGAUUUUGUUGAAUAGAAAAAUUUCUCAGAGAAUGGCAAAAAUGUCAGAAACUGCAACUUUACUUGCCAACACUUCCCAUCCAUUGAUAUUCACAACGCAUGAUGGAGUUAUUGUAUAUGUUAAUUCUUCUUUCCAGAUUGUGUUUAACUACGAAGUUUCGCAUAUUGUUGGUCAAAAUAUUUCUUUGAUAACUGACAUUGAUAAACUUGAAAAAAUUUAUCAUCAAGACAAAACUAUUAAAGAAACAGUUGUUAAAGAUGAUGCAACGGAAGAUGAAGGAUUUAAUAAGCAUGAAACUGUUGUUUUUGAUCAUAAGAAUCUUAGAAUGAAAAGAGAAAAUGGACAAGAAAUAGAAUGCGAUGUUUUACCAAUAAUGACAGGAACAAGGUCAAAUAAAUUGUUUGCUUUCGUUGUAACUGAUCUUAGCUCUGUAACUGCUAAGCAAAAGAAGAUAAAUAUUCUUAAAGGAGCAAAUGAUACUUUGCAAACAAAUAUGAUGCCAAAAGUUUUGUCUGAAAAUGAAGGAAAAACAAAAGUUGGAAAUGCAACAGUUUGUACAAUAAGAUUGGUUCAAUUCUCUAAUUCUUUGGCUCCUGCUGCUGUAAUGAAACAAAAGAAAUCGAUAUUGGUAAAACUAGAUGAAUGUUUGAAGAAAUACGACGUGUUAGAAAUAUUGUUUUUCGCACAAGGAAUGUAUUCAAUAAUUUCUAGGGAUCCUAAUGCAACUACACAUGUUUUCAGGUUUAUUGAUGAUGUAUUGGCUUCAUUCGAUGACCCAACAUUCUUCGGAGAAAUUACAAUUGGCGUGGAUACAAAUGGAGAAAUUGAUUUGAAAAUUACUGAUAAAGAAAUCAAAGAAAUUGUUUCGUUGGUCAGGAAAAGCUUGUGUUACAGAGGCUGUCUACAACCAAGUCGCUAA